AUGUUGACCAUAAUAGGGAAAAACUACAUUUGGCUUGUGUCAUUCACUGCCUCAAUCGGUGGGCUGUUAUUUGGCUACGACACGGGCAGCAUUUCGGUUGUACUUGUGUAUUUGCAAGACAGUCUUGGCCAUAAACUAUUUGCAAGUGAAAAGGAACUUAUUACCUCGCCCUGUUCAGCUGGAUCGGCCGAUGUACUCGGAUGUGGUCUAUUCACAGCUGGUGCUGUCCUCCUAGCUACUUCGUAUUCUGUCCCGCAAAUGGCAGUUGGAAGAGAGGUUGUGGUCAUUAAUUACGCCCUUGGAGCCGCCCUUGCCGGCGUACCCCUUGGCUGGCGGUACAUGGUCGGCCUAGGUGGUGUGCCAAGUGUACUCCUCCUAGCGAUGCUGCUUCCCCUCUGUUCGGAGCCUCCGCGCCAAUUGAUCUACCAAGAUAAGCAUGAUGCAGCUGCGAAGGUGCUGCAGCGAAUCUUUAGCCAUGACUACCUGGAAGAUGUGCAGUCUAAAGAAUCACCGCCCCGCAAUGAGGGCCGCAGCAAGCUGCACGUAGUGAAAAGAUUCAACGUCCUCAUGUACUACUCCGGCACGCUUUUCGCACUAGUUGGGUUCUCCAACUUAGUUGCAGUUCGCCUAGUUGUAUCCGGCACCAAUCUCUUGAUGACCUGGGUUAAUAUUGAUGGUGGUCGACCCUUUGGCCGACGGCGGCUCCUAGUGUCAACCAUGUGGGGAUGUCAACAAAAAAAAAUUACUACUCCAGCUAUCGUUGUACUGGCCUUUAUCAUCCGGUUUGUCUUGUUCUACGGAGUCUCAAUCGGUAAUACCCCAUGGAUGAACGCUGACUUCUUCCCCAUGGAGGUCCGUGCAAUUGGAGCCAUGUACAUGGCCUGCUUGCUGCUGUGGGGGAGCGAACCACAUCGUCUCCUCAACAUUCUUGUCAAUAAUAACGAGCAUAGCCCUCUCUGGGGCCUUUGGCUUCUACGCAGGCCUAUCCUUUAUCGGCUGGUUGUUGAAUUUUUUCUAUCCUGA